GAAAUAAGAAUUCGACAAAAAUAGUGCUAAGGCGAUUUGUUUCAUGAUCCGAUUCAAGAAGAACUUUAUAGUAGUAAUUAUUAAUUACGUAGUAUGUUAAGAUUCGUUGUUUCUUUGCUGAAUAAAAAUGAUGAUUAUAUAAUCAAAGUAUAUAUAAAGAAAUCUCUAUCCCAAAAACUUAUACGCAAAAUCCAAUAUGGCCGAACUUAGGUAGUUGAUCAUCUUCAAGCCUGUAAUCAAAAUGGACGAUACUGUGGAACUUCUGGAUACUGAAGGUUCUGUUGCCCAAGUGCAGUCUCAGCUUAGGACUAGUGCUCCAAAACAGAAUUUCAGCUGUAAGCAAGGGCUGGACGAUCCGAAGAUACAAACUGAAGAUAAGAACCGUAACCUGACUAUAAUACCUUCCUCACCAAAAUUAUCUCCGGAACAAAAUGAAGACAAAUUGACAAUUUCUCAAGUCUCUGCACAGUUAAAAGAAAGACUUAAUUUGAAAAGUGGAUCUGGUGUAAAUGGAAUUGUGAAUGGUUUAGGUAUAGGCGUGGAUCUGCCCCACACAGCAGAAUCUGAACAUCUCUCAGUUUCAAAUGAUACAACUCAGAACUCUGAAACAUCUAGUCAAUGUGAUAAGUGUGGAAGUAAUAGUAUUGAUUGUGAGACUUCAGUUACAGACUGUAGAUCUGUUUCAAACUGUCUGAAAAGUCAUCCUGAUAAACUAAGUAGAUCUAGUGAAAGCGUAAAAUGUAAUGAUGUGGUAUCCAAGGGUGAUGCAACAGAUAAGGAAGACAGUGUUAAAUAUGUAUCCUAUAAAUCUGAGCUUCAAAUGCCAGACAUUAUGAGACUUAUUCAAAAAGAUCUUUCAGAACCGUACUCUAUAUAUACAUAUAGAUAUUUUAUACAUAACUGGCCAAAACUGUGUUUCUUGGCAAUGGAUGGCAGUGAAUGUGUGGGUGCCAUUGUAUGCAAGUUGGAUGUUCAUCGGAAGGUUGUGAAACGAGGUUACAUAGCUAUGUUGGCUGUUGAUGAAAAAUACCGGAAAAGAAAAAUAGGUUCAAAUCUGGUUUUGAAAGCAAUCCGAGCCAUGGUUGCAGAUGAUGCAGAUGAGGUUGUUCUAGAGACAGAAAUCACAAACCGCCCAGCUUUACGCUUAUACGAGAAUCUUGGCUUCGUGCGAGACAAACGGUUGUUCCGGUAUUACUUAAAUGGUGUUGAUGCUUUGCGCCUAAAAUUGUGGCUGAGAUGAAGAUAGCAUCAGAACUACUUGACGACAUAGUUCAUAAUAUAUUUACUGAGUAUGAGACCAAGGAUGAGAAUUGAGCCAAUAUUUUACAUAUGUACAGACUGCUGUUGAAAGCUGUUCAGUUCCAUAAUUCAAUACUUUGAAAGGACAAACUAAAUGAAUGUUGCUUCUCUCUUGUAUUUGAUUAAAUAUGGGGUUACUGGGUUUAUUACCAGGUCAUGAUAAAUACAAAUAAUUUAUAAUGAAAUUAGUUAGGUGCCAUGCUGUCUUAGAGGGAAAGGAAAUUGUUGCUCUACUUGCUUUCAUUGUUAACUGACUGAAACCACACUGAUCUGCGUGAAUGGUCUAAAUCAAUUGUUAUGGUCCCAAAUUUGAGUGUAAGUACCAAAAAGAAUGAAUGUAUGAGGAGUAGGCCUUCUCGGCCCUUGCACCGCGACCUACGGUGGUCUAUUGUGCUUUACCAAAAGGAAAGUAAAUACUGUAAUUUGCAUUGUAUAAAAGAGAAUGAACAUUUUGUGAAUGUUUGUGGUGGUCACUUAUGCUCUGGUUGAUACAAGGACAUUGGUUUUUCAGCAUUUACUGCCUUUUAUGUUUAACCAUUGACAUUGGGAUAAUCUCAAAAUCAACACAUUAUUUCUUUAGUAAAUUAUAAUAAACAAAACCCACUGCAAAAACAUAAAUUUGUAUUUAACAUCUAUAUCGCUUGUACUUGGUUACUGUGCAGAUAGCAUGUCGCUUUAAGAAGUAACUCAUAUUUAGCAGUACAACCAGAAGAAUGUAAUGGUUUGUGGAAAACUGUUUUUCAAAAGAUUUAGUACCUGUAUUAAAAGGUUUUAUUGCUAUGUGAAAGCUCUAAUUUUAAUUUGGACAGUCUGUAAAAUACCUGUUACAAUUGUUUCAUUCAGUUUUCGUUGUUCAUGUAAUGUAGUUAAAUGUCUGAUGUGUGAAGGAUUGAAACAUGUAUUUAUAGGCAAAAUUUACUAAACGUUUAUACUGUAAAAUAAAUGUAAAUACAUAAUUAUUUUAUUACUUUGUUGGAAAUGCAGUUACUGUCAAAAAUAUUGGCCCCUGGAUCUAAUUGUUAUAGGCACUUACCUCUGUUUAUCUCCAGGAUAGAGAAAUUAAAUUUCCCUUCUUGUUUCUGUCCUAGACAGAAUACUAGCCAUGGCUUCUCAUCUUCAAGACUUGUUUAUAUGUGUGGGGAUUUAACAUUGAAUAAUUGUGCAGAUAACAAAGAUAAGGGCAUACCUAGCCUAUUUUAUUUAAAAAUGAUCCUAAAAUGAAACUGGAUAUAUGUGAAAUGAGAACUGCGAAUAAUGAACACUGUUUCUGCUAUGAAACUGGAGAAUGUAUGGCAGAGGGAAAGAAGACAGCAGGAAUAAGAACAGUUGGCUGUAGACUUAGAAACUCUGUUCUUUAAAAUAAUAUCAGAAAUGUUCCAAUUCCUGGAAAUAGGUUAUCUAUUAUUUACAAUAUACUUCUGAGUGAUCAGAAUUUUACAUGUUCUGUAUUACAUUUCAGGAAAAUUUGAGCCAGAGCAAGGUAUAGGUCAUAUUCUAUAUGAUUUUUCAUGAGAGCUGUGGUUCUUCCUGAACAUGUAUAUGUGAAGCCAAGUUUCCAUCCCAUUACAAGAGGGGUGAACCACUGAUUUCUCUUAACAGUUGUGGACUGGAGUGACAUUCUGAGGGUAGAAGAGAAUUACUUACAUGAAGAAUAUGGCUACAAUUAAGUACAGUUAUGCCCUAAAAUUUAUCCCUUACACGCCAAGUAUGGACUGGAGGGAUGUGGUGUAUAGAGCAGAAACUUGGUUAAUAUGAUAUUUUAACUGCAGGGUAUACAGUUUAUUGUUAGACCUGUUGCUGUAGCAGACGUGGCACACUAGUCUCACAUAGACCUGCCACUUUUCUGCUGCAAUGUAACUAACCUUAUAUUCUAGUAGAGUCUCAAAUUGAUGACCCUCUGCCUCUAAGCAUGCCUGACAUCAUGAGACUAUGUUCCUAGACACAUGGCAGUGCUGCUGUACGGGAAUAGCAGAAAUUUGAUGCGUAAUAUUUUAUUCAAGUUCUUUUAUAGAGCCCGGAUUAUUCACAACUUUUCUUUCAGCAUGUCCACAAAUAAAAUCAAGGAUUUGAAUCAGAUGAUGGUAGAGUCUUUGACUUACAAAUCGUUCGGUGAAGACAUGUCCACCAAAUUAUUUGCAGAAUGUGCCCCUGUAUUAUCAUGCAUAAAGUUCCUGUGCAAUUUCUCUUAUCAGUCAGUUGAUGGAAGAAGAGUGACAGAAUCAGUAUCACAUAAUGUUUGGAAUGUGUUACAUGAAAAGAACCACGAGUGCAAUGAUCUUCUAUACACCAACUGCACACCAAACCCAAACUUUUAAUUUAUGCAAUGGCACUUCAUGAAAAUCAAGAGUAUUUUGUUUCCUCUAUUUUAGUCUAUUCUGGCUGUUUAUGUAACCAUUUAAAGUGAAGUUCAUCUCAUAGAAUACAACAUAAAUUCUGGGUCAAGAAUUUCAUUGAAUACUGAAUUCUGGCUUUGCUGUUUGGAGGCAAGAGGCUAUGUAUGACUAGUUUUGCAAGGCUGUAACUUUAACAACUUUGUGCCAACAUGAGCUCUUCUUUUUGCCAAACCACACUAAAGAGGCAAAAUAUGUGACCUCUUCGGGUUUUGGCCAAUUGAGUACCAAUGUCAUCAAAUAUUUCUUCAGCCAGUACAUAUUUUUGAGAUUUCUUAUCCAUCACUGAUCCUGUACAAAAUAUUGCUAUGCAUAUUGUCCUGUCAUGAUACUUCCUACAAAAUUUUCUACAUAAAUAAAGUUGUACAGAGGUAGCAUAUACAAAUAAUUUUUGUUCACUAUAUUUCACAACACUGAACAGUAUUUGUACAUAUAUCAAAGACAACCAAAUACUAAACAAGCACUGGGUGACUAAGUGAUGAUUUAGAGGCCAGCAGUGAACAGGCUUGGGCAAACAAAUUUCAAGAUGGCUGGUCUGAAGAUAAACUGAAUUUGUUGUAUUAACAUGACAUUUACAUCUCACAGGGGCUAGAAAUGAUUUUUUACAGUUUUUGGUUAUUCAGGAUUGUGGAUAUGUUAAGGGCAUUGAAAUUUUACUUUACAAAGGACUUUCAGUAAUAUUAGUGUUAUUUUAUAAAAAUGAAGGAAAAGUUUAUGCUCAGAUAAGGAAAUGUAUAACUUCUCCCACGGACAUUAGAUGGAAAAUAACAUUUAUUAUUAGAAGCUGUUGAGAAUUGAAAAAUUGUGUCUACUUAAAAGACUGUUGGUAAUAGAGCUUAUGAAAAACAAGGGAAAACAGAUAUGAGAUUAUAAGUCUUCUCAGGUGAUUGUAUGAAAAUGGAAUUAGUAUCCAACAUUUUGGAAUCUCCAUCUCCAUCAUUGAUUGAUCUCAUGGCUGCAUGUAUGAGGGUCGUACUGAAAGUCAUGAGCAACAAUUUUUUGUAAAGUAACAUGCUUUAUUAUUGACAAACCAAA